AUCCGAGAUGAGUGGGGCAACAAGAUAUGGAUCUGUCCCGGUUGUGAAAAGCCGGACGAUGGCAGCCCGAUGAUUGGGUGUGACGACUGUGACGACUGGUAUCACUGGCCCUGCGUCGGCAUCACGGCUGCUCCCCCGGAAGAGAUACAGUGGUUCUGCUCCAGGUGCGCGAGCAAAAAGAAGGACAAAAAACACAAAAAGGGGAAACACAAAGCACACUGAGGUUGUGGAGAAUUGGACAUUCCUGCUCCUGAGUCCUCUUUUCAGUCCGGCUUCUGCUGCCCUCUCCGUUGCCGUCACAUCUCUGAGGAUUUUGAUUUUUGGGAGGAAUCGCAAAGACGCACAUCGUUACACACAAUUCUCUCCCUCCAGUUGUCUCUCUCUCUCUCUCUUUCCUCCUUCCCCAAGUGUGAACAGCACAAAUUGAGAAUUUAACAGACUCUCCAGCCAGAAGAACAAGCAAGCAAGCAGCAGAGACCUUUGUAAAUAUCGCACGCCUUCCCUCUCCAAAUUUGCUGCUGUUUUUUUUUUCCUGGUUUAAGUAGCAGGAGAGACUAAUUACGAUCCUUUUGAAGCCCCUGGAGUGAUUUCCACAGCCCCCGGCCUCUUCCUUGCAAAGAUAGAAAAAUCAGAUUUGACUCCAGGAUGGAGAUUUUUUUUUUUUCCUGAUGGGA